CGUGCUCCACGGCAACGCUCGUCGCAAGUUCCGCUGCAGCCGACACGCGCCUCAGUUCCCCAGCGUUCGUCCAGCAGUAUGAACGAAGAGGAACGCGAUCUGGACAUCGAGGCCGAGAGGAGGGCCCACCACAGCGCCCUGGAGCGAAGGCGACGAGACCACAUCAAGUACACGUUCGGCUGCCUGCGUGACGCCGUGCCCUCUCUACAGUGGGAGCGGGCUACGCGCGCUCAGAUCCUGAAGAGGGCCGCCGACUACAUACAGGUGAUGCAGCGACAGAACAGGGAGCGCCUGCACACCAUCAGGGACCUCAAGCGGGAGAAGAAGCACCUCGAGGAUCAGAUCCGUGCCUUGGAGAAGAUCGAGAGGGCUAGCGGUGGUGGCCGCUGCUCGCCGAGCUCGAGCGUCGUCUCGACCAGCGUUGUGGGAGACUCCGUCUCGCCCCCGUCCGAUGUCCUCUCCGGUGCUUCAACGCUGACUGAAGGGCUGUAG